AUGAUGUACUCAGAUAAUAUCCAGUUGGAUGAGACUACAUAUUAUUCUGUUCUUGGGUUGCCGUUUGACACAACGGAGACCCAGAUCAGAAAGUCAUAUAUGCGGCUGGCUCGAGAGCUACAUCCUGAUAAAUCAAAAUCAAAGGAAGCUGCGGAAUUGUUCAAGAUAGUUGCUCAUGCACAUUCUAUCUUAACUGAUAAGGAAAAAAGACUUAAAUAUGACAGACAAUUGAUAAGUAAAGGACUCCACAAGUAUUAUCCGAAGAAAGGCUUAUCAUCGCUAUUUGACCCACUAGAUAAAUCUAAUACCACUCCUAAUGGUGGUCGCUUACCAGGAGACAUAAAAAAACCGAAGGCAGUGCCGAAGUGUACGAAACCGUACGAAGAACAGCCGUAUGGGUUUGGAGCGGAAGAUAUUCUCCAACGUUCGCCAUAUCGUGACAAACUUCAAACCCACGCUCCUAGAACAAAAUCGUUUAACCCAAAGGGCUACCAGAAUCAGCGAAAUCCUAAGACACCACCAAAGAAAGACGAGAAGAAAUCUUCCACAUUUAGCGCUAGGUUUCCAUAUUCUACUGGAACCGCGUCAUCUAAGGACUUCCCUACUGUAAACGAGGAAUUCCCUGGUAAAAAAAUGCCCAAGACUGAUCCAUACGAUCUGGCGUCUCCAUUUGCCAGUCCAAACCAUCGUCAUUAUGCAAGAACGAAAUUUGAAGCUUCCAGGCGUAACACAAGGUCUACUUCACCACUGAAAAACAUGCCCACAUCACAAACAGAGAGUUUAAAGGGAUUGAAAGACAUCAUAGAUAAACUAGCAGCGGAUAAAGACCGGGAUAAGAGUGAGACAAAUUCAUUCUCAGUACAUCAAACUUCACAGGAGUAUACUUUGUUUCCAGAAGACCUUAGCGAUUUCGAAAAGAGGUCAUUCGACUCAGAAGACCAAAGCCCCAUUCCUACAGCAGCCGCUACCUCAGGCGGUGCUCACGUUAAAGAGAGCGUAGAUGCUCAGCAAAAUAAAGAUUUUAGUUUGGAUGAGCUUGACAAGAAUCUACCAAAACAAUAUGAGUAUUUCAAUAUGAGGAACGUAAGUGACACUUUAGAUAGAUUACAUUUGAAAAGACAAAAACUCUCAAACGACACUUCAUCAGCUCCUCCCAAAGCAUCGAGGCCGAACCGUUUACACGAAUCACCUCAUGAUUCAGUGAAACUAACAGACCCUGUUAACAUGCCAAUACCGAGGGUGUACAAACUGGACGUUAUUCCAACUCAAGAAUUUGAAAUCGACCUAUCUUUGCCAAAUAUGCAAUUGCCCCCCAUGCCAAGUUUUCAGUGUAAUAUAUUGAAUAAAGCUGAAAUUGAAACUUGUAGGGCCCAGAUUUUAGAAUUUAAUAACAGGACCAAUCAGUUGAAACGCAAACUAGUUUCAAUUCUUGCCCGUAGGACCCAAGCAGACUCUUUGCUUGAGGAAAGGGUGGUACGUGUCGAGAAUAUGUCUGCAUACGUUCAAGCCAAGAAUUAUGACAUUGAGGUUGUGUCAAAACUAUAUGAAAUCCAAAAUAGACAAAGGAUAGUGGCAGAAUCUUUUACGAAUCUAAUGAGGAGUGUAUAUGCCACUGGGACAUUCACUCAAACACAUAAUUAA